UAUCCGUCAAAAUCAGCUGCGUUCGACUACCGGUUUUUGUCUCACAGUUUACGGUUCAGAUUGGUUGUUUGCUGUAUUCGUUUUGUACAUUAAAAAAUCUGUUUUAAAUAUUAGAGUGACAAUUAUGGAUAAAAGCAACGUAUGUGAAGAAAGUCACGUGUGUCAGCCGAUACAUACGGUUGAGGAUUUGCUGCAGUUUGAGCAGAACCCGGUGCGCUGGAGGAAUCUGGUACUGCCGAUUACGCCCCGUUCUAAGUCACGCCAUCUCGGUGACCGAUAUCAGGAGAUUGAUUUCGAUAAUGGUAUCGUUGAGUUCGUCGAAGAUCGUCAGAGACCGCAGGUGCUGUUGUGUCACGAUUUCAAGGGGAACUAUCUCGCCGACCGGUACAUCAACGGAACGACCGGAGAGCAGUGGGUUGAUUACCGGUUUUACAACUGGGCCGCCGUUGAUGUGUUUUGCUACUUUAGCCAUAACUUUGUAACUAUUCCUACCUUGCAAUGGCUGAAUUGUGCCCACAAAAAUGGAGUCAGAGUGAUCGGAACAUUCAUCAUCGAAGGCGGUAAUGUAACAUUACUAAAAGAGAUUUUGAAGUCCAGUGAGUUUCUGAAGAAGGUAGCCGAUGCAUUGGUGACGGUGGCGAAGGUUUGUCAGUUUCAGGGCUGGUUACUGAAUAUUGAAUGUACGUUGGAAUCAGAGAAGAUCCCGCUCUUGAAGGAGUUUGUGUCUUACUUAACAAGCAGAUCUCAUGAGCAGAUUCCAGAUAGUGAGAUUAUUUGGUAUGACGCUAUCACGGAGCAAGGUUUACUUAGUUGGCAAAACGAGUUAAACAGUCAGAAUAAAUGCUUCUUUGAAGCUUGUGAUGGGAUAUUUCUGAAUUACACCUGGUCUCGGCUUCAUUUGGAACGAACGGAAAACUUAAUUCGAAACCAUUUUGCCAAUCGUAAACUGGACGUGUACGUUGGUAUCGAUGUGUUCGGUCGGGGUCAGAAAGCCAAACUGGAUACACACGCUACGCUGGCCGCAAUUAUGGAGUUUAAAUUUUCCGUGGCAAUUUUUGCACCCGGUUGGACUUUCGAAUCGCUGGAGGACUCAAUGCGGCGUGAUCAGCUCGAUCAAGAAAGCUCCAAUUUACGGUUUCUGAAAUUGAACGAUCGUUUUUGGAAUCUUCUAUGGAGAUACUUUUUCGUUCGCGGACCCCAGCAGCUGCCGUUUUAUACCUCAUUUUGCCUUGGAUCGGGAAAGAUACGAAACAGAUUGGGAAAACAACAAUCGGAGUCCUGGUUCAAUUUGUCACGCCAGCGGUUUCAGCCGAGUAUACCGUAUACUCCACCUAAAGAGUAUGAGCAUGACAAUGUUGGUCCGGUCUACUGGACUCAUAGUUUUGAUACUGCACUGGAUGGUGGAUCCUGUGUGAAACUGGAGGAGGCGCACCCGAAUUGCCGUUUGUUUGCCUGCGAUUUUGCGUGUGAUUCGGAUCUGAUAGUAUCCUAUGCGUUCCAGCGAAGCAAUCCAGCGAGCGCCGAUGUGUGCGUACUGUUGAAGGCGUACAACCGACGCUACCAUGAUUCGCUCAAGAUAGUCUGCGGUUCAGAUGAAUGCCACUUGAGCGGACGGCGGAAUGAGAUGAAAGCAAAUUUGCUAACCGUAGAGGACUGCCGAACACUGUUGAAGUUGAAAGCCGACGUAAAGCUUCCCGCUAUGACCGAUAUCAAUGGGUGGGAGAUAAGGUAUUAUUAUCUCUCAUUCGAGUCCCACCAGCAGCCAGUUUCGCUCGUGGACAUAGGAAUCGAAAUCUGGAAGGAUCACCCGAAGGACUACAUUCUGCUCGGAGCCGUUUCGCUGCAGGCCGGUUUUCCCGCAAGCCGCACUCGCAUCGCAAAGCGCACGAAUGUGAGCUUCGACAUGUGAUCGACGCGACGAUGACCGACCUCGCCGGACGUGGUGGAUUAAUUGGUGCUGCUAAAACUAAAUGACAUUCGACCGGUUCUUGUAAGCAUCGCUGAACGUACCUAUACCUAACCUACCACCAUUGCCGACAGCUAGCUGCAUUUUGGAAGGUCAACUGGUUGCAGCUGUGGGUUUUCUGAUUUAUCUUCUUUUAUUUGUUGCUAAUGUUUGAUCACAACGUGUCGGAGAUCUCGGAGAUCGACAAGCAUUGUCAUUAUUUUAAUUAGGUUUUCUCUACAUGCCAUUAUAUUAUACUGUAUUA